AUGGGAACAAAGAAGUCGUUAAGUCGAAUAUUAGUACAACCUUAAUGAUAUUUCACUGUUCUGUUUGUGUGUCUGCUUAUGUACUGCAAGUGCAUUUAUUGUCGAUUUGUUAGACUUCGUGUAACCCAAUAAUUGCGCUGAUUUUGGUUUUCAUAGUAUAAUAGAAUUCUCAUUAGUAAGUAAUAACUGCCAUAUAGUACAUGGAUCCGAGUGCUUAACAGGCCGAUGACAUUUUCUGUAAAUCCUGAACUUAGCUGCGAUGUCUCGGUCACGGAAAAUUUCAAGAUAAAUAAAAAUGGAUGCUAGAUUUGUGCCAAAUGUUAUUUAAACUUGAAUGGAAACAUUCGAGCAGCCAUUUUGUCAAAAAGUCGUCAAGGUCAUUAAGUUGAAUAAUCAUAAAAUUUAUUGUUUGUUUUCUAAUGAUUCUUUAUUUAUAGCUAUACUGGUAGAAAUAAAAAAGCCUUCAAAUUCCUUGAACAUAAGGUUUCCAAAGUUGAAACUUAUGAGAGAUCGUAAUCUUUCAGUUUUUAAUUCUGAGGAAAAAAGAUCAAGAAGAAUCAAUAUGCAACCCUCUCAUCGUUAUAGUGCACGAUUUCAAUCAUCUCUCCGUCUUUCCUUCUCUUUGUCCACCUCCGUCUCUCCGCCGGUUUCUACUUGUGUACUUGUCCUUAAUAUUUGUUUGUUUUCUAUCUAUUGCAAUGUUGGAUUUCUAUUUAUGUCAAUUAUUAUAAUCAUCAUAUCAACUUUAAAUUAUAAUCUCGUUUCGUGCUAUGCCUCUAUCUGACAACCAUUUUGAUUUGAUGUCCCGGUAAUAACACAGCAAAACACACAGACGCAUUGAUUUUACGUGAUGGUAUAUUCAGCAUGGCUUGCGCACCGUUUUCACUUGAUGUACAAUGUGCCCUUAUCACUUAGAUCACUUUUGCUUCAGAAAACGCUGUUGAACAUUCAUGAAGCUUCUUAAAACGCAAAUGAUGGUUUUGUGUUAUGUCUUUGCGAGUUAUGCCGUCAAGUUUUUCGGGGUGAUUAUUUUGCGGCGAUCGUGAAAUUUGAUCGAAUCGGUGCUCUUCGCCAAUCACGCCACACCAAAUCGCUAGCUAUCGGCAACUCCGGGACACCUGGCCUUGACGAUUACACUUCGCUCGAUCAUUGUAAAAUCCUAUUAACAAAUGAACAUAUUUAGAUGUACUUUUAUCUGGUUGGACUGUGGUGGGGUGAACUAGUGUGAGCCAUUUAGCGGUGACUGGCGGUAGAUCUUCAAGUCUGGACCGUUGACAAACAAUGUCUGAAGGGUCGUAAAGGCUUUUGAGGGCAAGAAAAAAAACGUGUUCUCCUCAGAAAGCAGGUAGAAGAACAAUCUUAGCUUACGCCUGGCUCAAACUCAACAGGGCCUCUUUGGAAACGUAAAGGAAGUGUGAACAGACGUGGCUUGAGGUGAAGUGAAGAUCAUUUGCUGCAAGGAAGCCUUGCUUAAAUUUGAAUAGAUUUUGGGACUGUAGGUAACUCAUACACAGACCAACACCUUCUAAGGAGCCUCCUCUCUGUUGUUGCCAUGACAACGAACGCGACAACCACCACUAAGCCCACGCGCAUGACGACGAGCAGUAUCAUUCUUGUGUCGUACUUAUGUAUUGUAAUCAUCACAGCCUUAUUUGGAAAUGCCUUAAUCGCAUUGGUCAUCGUCAAAAAGAGGCUCCUGCAGAAUGUACAUUACUACUUCAUCCUUAAUUUACUCGUGGCAAACUUCCUGAACGCGCUUCUGAAAAUCCCUACCUCGAUACUGCUUCGCAUUGACAGAAACUGGUAUCCGCACUACGGGGUGUGCUACUUCACUACCCCCCUGGGGGUGCUGUUUGGCUCAGCUUCAGUACUGACGUUAUCAGCGGUCGCCAUCAAUAGAUACCUCGUUAUUUCGUCACCAUUCAGCUACACUGACAAAAUGCCGCCGGCAUUUGCGAAGACAAUUUUGGCGGGAAUCUGGGCGGGAUCCCUUGCUCUUGCUAUCCCGCCAACCACGUGGAGGUCUAAAGACUAUAUCUGUAGCAGCGGCGCAGUCUCCAAAGAACACGAAUUAACAGAGAUACUGUACUUCGUCCUUGCCCUGUGGAUGUUCGUAAUCAUCAUCCCAAGCAUAAUUAUGUUUGUUACGUACUUUAAGAUCUAUUUGAUAGCGAGAAACCACGCGCAACGGAUGCAUCAGCAACACAGCAAUACGUACACACCAACAGACCAGCAAACAAGACGUAGGCGGCGGGACCUCAAAGCCGCCAUUGUCUUGGCUGUGAUUGGCGGGAUUUUCAUAGUCUGCUGGUUGCCGUUCUUUGUGGUGCAAUCCAUACACAAGUUCAGCACUCAUCGCAUAGACCCGAUCUACUUCAGUAUCUUCAUGUGCUUUAUGUAUACAAACGCCGCUUUAGACCCUAUAGUACUUAUUUUAUUCAACUCCGAGAUAAGAAUGGCAUUUAUUCGAGUCUUUUGUAAGCGGUUCUACAGAGUCGACCCUCAUUCUAAUUCAGCAGUUUCGACAUUUCAAGGACUUAACAAUAACAACCACAGCUGACUAGGCCGGGGCCCUCAAAGGUGCGUCUUGGUACGCUAUUGGAGAGGGCCCGGUAAGAGGGACCAUACUUUAAUGGACGUCCAAGUCCCAAACGUGGAUAGCGAAGAGGGCCAUGAUAUCAUGUUAUGACAAAACAGUUUAAUGGCCCCAGAAUCUUCUGCAGAAUUUUCAUGCCCUAUGAACUAUCACUGCAAACUUGAGAUUUUAGAGGAGCUUAGUGGAAGUGAGUUUAUGUCCUGGCUUUAAAAAUGAUGAAUAGAUUGUGAAUAUUUGGGUCUA